AUGACCAGCAGUAACUUGAUGGAGUCGAGCAGCUGUGCUGACAUAAAGGACGACACAAGGAAGGCGAUUUGCCAGCCAAUGGGUUUUGUGAAAAUUCGCUUUGGUGAAAAUGUCUUAAUGGUGGACAAAGGCCUCCUGGAGCUCAAUUGCGAAUACUUCCGAGCUCUUUUCCAUUCUGGGAUGAAGGAAUGCCACCAGGAUGAGAUUUAUCUUCCAGCACUUAGUGCUCGUGGGUUCUUGGUCACCCUUCGGGUGUUACACGGAGAAAGACCCAUUUUGAGCGGAGACGAAAUUGUUGAAGCCAUACAAUGUGCCGCUUUCCUUCAUGUAGAGGUUCUAACCGAGCAUCUCGUGAACAUGGUCAAUUCAGACAACUGUCUUCUUAUGUAUCACACGGCUGCUACUUUUGGGCUAUUUAGGCUCUUCAACAGUACUGCUUUGUUUAUUCGGGACAUGUAUGAAGACCUCAAAGAAGAUGUGAAGUGCCUACCCGAGGAUUUGAUUGAAUACGUCAAGUCACUUAUUCCUAAUACAUACGUGACUGUCGGCACUCACUCGCCAACUAUCAAGCUUCUGCAGGACUUCAUGAGAACAGUUUGCUAUCUGGAUGAAGAUGAGAAUGAUUGGAAGGUUCUCACACACUUACCCCUCGAUGCUAGUACCACCAUGGCAGGUAUCGCAGUCCUUGACAACAAGCUCUACAUUGUUGGAGGGGUCUACGACGUUACCAACAAAGUUGUGGACUCGGGGUUCUGCUACGAUGUAUCUACAGACACUUGGAGCACAUUUUCCAGCCCGCAAAAACUUCGUUACAACUGCACCUUGGUCGGCCACGAGGGCAACCUUUACAUCAUUGGUGGAGAGCACGACAAGACAGUAAUGUCCUCUGUGGAGAGGUACAACGUCUCGACGGACACUUGGAACUUUGCCGCCCAUCUGCCGAGACCUGCAGCAGCUGUCGCUUGCACCAAAACUAUGAGCAGACUGUUCAUCUGCCUCUGGAGACCAAAAGACGCUACGGAGAUUUACGAGUACAUCCGAAAGGAAGAUAAGUGGGGGCUAACCACCACACUUGUUAGGCAUCAAAGUUACGGCCAUUGUUUGGUGGCCCACAUGGACAAUUUGUACGUAAUGAGGAAUGGACCAUCUGAUGAUUUUUUGAGAUGCGUGAUGGACUGUUACAAUCUCACCACGGGUCAGUGGACGGCCAUGCACGGGCAGUACGAAAACAGCAAGGGAGCCUUGUUUACUGCAGUGGUGCGAGGGGACUCUGUUUUCACAGUGAAUCGCAGGGCGACGGUGGAAUACGCUAUUGAGGAGAACAAGUGGAGGACGAAAAAAGAAAUGACAGGAUUUCCAAGAAUUGGCUCCAUGUGGACUUUUCUCCUGAGACUGACAAAGAAAAGCAGCGAGGCUUUAGAAAAGUACGAUAACGGACCGGAGAUCUACAGCCUCCCUUCAAACUCUGUAAAAUGCACUGAAUGAGUGGCGAUACAUGCUUUUUUAACCUUAGCUGCUUAGAAUAGCAUCUAUUGGAGUCAAAUGCUCAUUUGUGCGGGGAGCUGAUGCCUCAAGUGUUUCAGUUAACAGGGAAAAGGGAGGUUGGUGAUGUAAGUGACUGCUUUUAGAUGGGUAGUCUUAAAUAAACACACUCCCACCAAACUUUUAUUAACAAAUUCAUCUUGUGUUCAUAUCUGUUGCUUUAUUUGCUAGACAGUUGCAAGAAAACGAAAAGGGAUCCAAUCAAAAUGAUUAUUUCAUAAACUAGCAUGUUUGCAAACAUUCUUUUGCCAUGGUCCUUCUACAGUCUACGGGAGCACCAAUGUACAGCAUUUUUCAGAUUAGAUUUAACCAAAAUA